AUGCCAACCCGUUCAAAUUAUAAUCAAUCAUCAUUAUCAUCAAAUCAACCAAUUAUGAAUAAUAAUAAUUUAAAUCAAUUAUCAACAAUUAAUUCAACAAAUACAAAUGUUGAUAUAAUGUCUUAUAUAGGAAAACUUUUAACUAUAAAUCAAUAUCAAGUUAUUGUUGAAGAUAUUCUUGGACAAGGUGGUUUUGCAUUUGUUUUUCUUGUUCGAUCAUUAAAUCAACAACGUUAUGCACUUAAAAGAAUGUAUGUUAAUAAUGAACGUGAUUUAAUUGUUUGUCAACGUGAAAUAUCUAUAUUAAAAGAAUUUUCAUCACAUACAAAUAUUGUUAAAUAUGUUGAUUCAUCUAUACAACGUUUAUCAUCACAAUCAAAUAUACAACGAAAACCUUUAUCUAAUGAUGAUGAUGAUGAUGAUGAUGAUGAUGAUAAUGAACAGGAUGCUAUUUAUGAAAUACUUUUAUUAACUGAAUAUUGUUCAAAUGGAGCAUUAGUUACUCGUCUAAAUGAACAACGUAUCAAUGGUAUACUAUUAAAUGAACGUCAAAUUUUACGUAUAUUUGCCGAUAUUUGUAAUGCUGUAAGUGCAUUACAUUAUCGUCGUCCUCAACCAAUAUUACAUCGUGAUAUUAAAUUAGAAAAUAUUCUUAUUGAUUCUCAUCAAUCUUUUGUUCUAUGUGAUUUUGGUUCCGCUAUUAUGCUUUCAUCAUCAACAACAAAUAAUUAUCAACAAUAUCAAACAAAUCAAUUAACUACAACUAUUAUACAACAACUUGAAGAAGAAAUUCAACGUUAUACAACAUUAUCUUAUCGUGCACCAGAAAUGAUCGAUCUAUAUAGUCGUUUACCGAUUACAUUAAAAGUUGAUAUAUGGGCAAUGGGAUGUCUAUUAUAUAAACUUAUGUUUAAUACAAUGCCAUUUGGUGAUAGUAUUUUAGCUAUACAAAAUGGAACAUUUAUUAUACCAGAUGAUAUGUCACAAGUUUAUAGUCGAGAUUUAAAUAAAUUCGUUCGAUUUAUGUUAGAAAUAGAUAUUAACAAACGACCAGAUAUUUGGCAGGUCUCUUAUAUAACAUAUAAAUUACUUGGUAUCGAAUGUCCGAUUUCAAAUCGAUAUCAAUCAAAAAUUCCCGAUUUAAAUACAGUACCAAUGCCAUUAACAGAAAGUGAAUCUCGUCAUCAACGGACAAUGGCUUCAGUAAAUGCGAAGUCAACAGUAACGAAUACUUCCGAUGAAAUAUCUACUCUUGGAACAGCCGUUAAUCCACGUGAACGUCCACGUGGUAUUAUAGCAUCAUCUGGUUCUUUGAUUAAUUUUAAUCAAACAACACAAAAAUCAACAACUGUUGUUGCUCCGCCACCACCACCUGCACCACCACCAACUCUAAUUCCAGUCCCUCUACCCGUAUCUACUCAAGUUCGACCUUCUCAUCAACGAUCAGGUUCAGCCGUUCAAUUAAUGUUUGACGAUGAUUUUUCACAAUUUCCAAGUCAUACUCUUAGUUUAACUAAUAUUCCAAAUAUGACAACAACAACAACAGCAACAACAACACCAAAAAUAACAUCAACACUUGAACGAAAUGUUUCUCGUGCACGACCAUCACCACCACCAUCAUUAUCUUCAUCAUCUGGUCUUGUUUUUCAACAACAAUCAUUUCCUCCUCCACCUUCUACUUGUUCAUCAAGUAAUACGCAAUUAACAAGUUCAUCGACAAUUCAUCAUCAACAUCGACGUAGUGCAUCUCAAACAAUGAGUCCAACUAAUAAUCCGCCUUCUUUUCUACAUGCCUCUUCUGUUGAAUCUAAUUUAUCAUUUGAUCGUCGACAUUCAAUUGAUUCAUCAGUCAAACAACAACCGGAACAAUCAGUACUUUUUAUUGGUGAAGCAUCUGAUGAUGAUGAUGAUGCAUUAACAACAAAUUUAAAUAAAUUAAAAGUUCAUAAUCAUUCAACAGAAAAUGUUAAAUCACGAGAAAGUCUUAUUUUAAAUGAAGAUGAUCGUUUAUUUGCUAAAACAUAUACUAUUAAUUCACAAUUAAAAUCUGAUGAUGAACAAUCAUCUUCAUCAUUAUCACAAGAUAAUGAAAAUAAUGAUAAAAUAAAUAAGAAAAACAAGAAAAAAUCUCAAAUACAAAUAACACCAUUACGUUCCGGUCAUCAUCCAUCGACAGAAGAAGCAGACAAAAGUAUAUCAUCUCCUAGUACAACGAAUAAAAAUCUUGUUAAACGUUUAAUUGAACGUUGUUCUCUUCAACAACAACAACAACAACAAGACGAACCUACUGCAUCUUCAACACCUUAUAAACGUAAAGAUUCUAUGACACUUUCCAAUGAACAUCCUAUUUCUAUGAAUGAUCAAUCGGACAAUGAAACUGAUUCUGAUGAUGAUGAUGAUGAAAAAGAUGAUGACAAUAAUAAUAAUAGCAAUAAUGUCGGAUUUGAUCAACUUAUUAAUGAAGAUUCUGAUGAUGAUGCACCUAUUCAAGCAAUACAUACAAAUAAAACUAAUGUUGGAAGUAGUCGUUUUAUGACAACACGUCAUAAAGAACAACAAUAUGAACAUUUUCAAAAUUCUGAUGAUGAUGAUGAUAAUCGUAACCAUAAUAAUGAAAUAAACUGUUCUACAACAAAAAUUUCUUCUCAUCCAACUACAAAAUUAUUUAAUCUCUUUACAACAAAUUCAAAAACAAACCCAUCUAAUGAUUCAAAACGUAUUGUAAAUGAGCAUAAUAAUCAAACAAAUUCUUCUUUUAUUGAUAAUGAUAAUCCAUUUCUUCAUGCACCUUUUCAUUAUUCUCAUCGUUCACCAACACAUAAACCUGUAACACAAUCAUCAUUAUUAACUACUCAGGCUGAUACAAUAACUACUGCAAAUAUAAAUUUAUUUGAUCCAAUUGGUAUUGUCGUUGGAAAAAGACUUAGUGCAUUUGCUCCUUAUCAUAGACAAGAACCAAAUUCUAUUACUAAUGUAACUGAUUCAACAUCAUCAAUAUAUAAUUUCAGUUUAUCAAAACAAAAAAUUCCACAUUCAGAAUCUUAUCCUCCCGGUAGUAGUAGUAAUAUUACUACAACUACAACUAGUACAACAACAACAACAAAUCCAAAUAAUCAAUCAUCAAUAUCAAAAGAUGUUUUUAUAAAUGCACCAUUUAAAACAAAAAUAACACCUAAACAACAAAAUAUAAUGACAACAAAUAAAACUAAUACAAUAUCACCAUCAUCAUCUCAAUCAACUUCAUCAUCAAAUUCACAAUUAAUUGAUUUUACUGUUCCAUCACAAACAAUUGUUGAUUCAACAUUAAAAGAACAAUUACAAUUAUCACCUACACGUCGUCCCGUUGGUUCAGCUGGUUUAGCAACAAAUUUUAGUACAUUUAAAACAACAAAUAAUAAAUAUUAUUUUCAUUCUGAACAUAUUAAUAAUGAUGGACAUUCAUCAAGUGAAGAAUUAACAACAUCAUCAUCAAGACGAAAACGUCAUAGAAAAAAGAAAUCUUCAAUUAACACCGGACAUGAUUCACAACAACAUGCAUAUGCUAAUUUAUCUUUUAAUGAUGCUAUUGUCGACGAAUUACUUUAA